AGUCGGUCUCAGCUCCCGGACCCUGGUGGAUCAGAUCACAUUCUCCUUCUGUCGAGCCCAGGCAUCAACCCACCGCUUCAAGGACUCCCUGCCCGGCGCCGCUGGACCGAUACGAGGACGACCGGAAACCAGCUGCUCUCCCUCAGGCGCAGCAUCAUUUCCAUCUAAGUGUCAUCCAUGAGAUUCUUCAGGCUAUCCUUCAAGUGCUUCGUCGACUGCUUCUGAAUCUGCUCCUGUCAUCGGCUCAUCUGACCGCGUUGCUUUGUGAACAGCGUUUUUUCUCCCCCCCCUCCGUCUCCGUCUCCUGGCCGAGCUGAGGGGAUCCAACGUGCGAUAAAAAAAAACAGACUGCGAUUGUUUUUUUGUGUUUUUCAAUCUAAAGAAGAGAGAAAAAAAAAAAUAACAAACUCAGAAAAAAAAAACAACAACAAAAAACAACAAACAACAAAAAAAGACAAGCUGAGAUCUGCAUAGCUGCUCCGGUGUGAGUGCCUGCGCCCUGUCACCAGCCAGGCACGUUCAUACAAACUUCCACCAGGCCCCUCUGACUCGAAACCACCAGCCUCAUCUGAAAAAGGAGAGAAACAGUUUUUUCCAUCCGACAACAUGUCACCUGAGUUGGAGGAGAACAGCCAAGGUGAAAUCAGUCUCCCCCAGCUCGAGGCAGGGACCCUGUCUGAGGAGGAAAGUGGGGGGUCAGCUCGCCCCCUGGUGCCCGUGCCUGGAGCGGGGCCAGGGUGUGGUGAGGGCGGACGGGCUGGCACACCGCAGGCCCAGGACGUGGCUGUACCCGGGACCGGGAACGGGGUGGCAGUGCCGGUGGUGGAGAGAGAAACUUGGACCAGACAGAUGGACUUCAUCAUGUCCUGCGUGGGUUUUGCAGUUGGCUUGGGCAACGUGUGGAGGUUCCCUUAUCUCUGCUACAAGAACGGAGGAGGUGUUUUCCUGAUCCCCUACUUGAUCAUCGUGUUCAUCGGGGGCAUCCCGGUCUUCUUCCUGGAGAUAGCACUGGGACAGUUCAUGAAGAAAGGAGGGGUCUCUGCCUGGAACAUUGCACCUCUCUUCAAAGGUCUGGGCUUGGCCUCGAUGGUGAUCGUGUUCUUCUGUAACACCUACUACAUCAUGAUUCUGGUGUGGGGCCUCUACUUUCUCUUACACUCCUUCACCAACCCCCUGCCCUGGGCCACCUGUGGACAUCCCUGGAACACGGCCAACUGCACACAGGACUUCCGGCGCGCUUGCUACAACCGCAGUGUACAGCUUUCAUCUGCUGACACCCCCUUCAACGUUGUCUCCUCUACCCCCCCACUGAACCUGUCCUCAGCCCUGCUCCUUUUCAACGGCAGCUGCGCGGAGCACGAAGGCAUGCGCUCCCCUGUCAUCGAGUUCUGGGAGCGUAAAGUGCUGCGUCUGUCGGAUGGGCUGCACCAGCCCGGGGACAUCAGCUAUGAGAUGGUGCUCUGUCUCAUAGCCGUCUGGAUCAUCGUUUACUUCUGCAUGUGGAAAGGUGUUAAAUCUACUGGCAAGGUUGUGUACUUCACCGCUCUGUUCCCAUACCUGGUCCUGGUUGUUCUCCUGGCCCACGGAAUUACAUUACCUGGAGCUUUAGAUGGGAUAAUUUACUACCUGAAACCCAACUGGUCCAAACUCGGAGAAGCACAGGUGUGGAUCGAUGCCGGCACUCAGAUCUUCUUCUCCUAUGCCAUCGGACUGGGUGCCCUGACCGCACUGGGCAGCUACAACCGAUUCCAUAACAACUGUUACCAGGAUGCAUUCGUCCUGGCCUUCAUUAACAGUGGAACCAGUUUCUUUGCAGGCUUUGUGGUGUUCUCUGUGCUGGGCUUCAUGGCUGCAGAGCAAGGCGUGGACAUCAGUAAGGUAGCAGAGAGUGGUCCAGGCCUGGCCUUUAUUGCCUACCCCAAGGCUGUGACUCUGAUGCCUCUGGCGCCGCUCUGGGCUGCACUUUUCUUCUUCAUGUUGCUCAUACUGGGCUUGGACAGCCAGUUUGUCGGGGUAGAAGGUUUGAUAACAGGAAUCAUGGACAUGCUGCCCCCUAAAUCUGCCCUGGGCUCUCUGCGACGAGAGGUGGUGGCGGCCAUCUGCUGCUUCAUCUGCUUCCUCAUCGACAUGUCGAUGGUCACAGAGGGAGGGAUGUAUGUCUUCCAGCUGUUUGACUACUACUCUGCCAGUGGCAUCACUCUGCUGUGGCAGGCCUUCUGGGAGUGUGUGGUGAUUGCAUGGGUCUAUGGCGCAGACCGUUUCAUGGAUGACGUGGCUCGUAUGAUCGGCUACCAGCCCCUACCUUACAUGAAGUGGUGCUGGUCCUACAUCACGCCUGUCGUCUGUGUGGGUGUGUUCCUGUUCCACGUGGUGAACUACAAGCCCCUGACCUACAACUCGACGUAUACAUACCCCUUGUGGGGUGAAGUAAUCGGCUGGUUAUUGGCUCUGUCCUCAAUGCUCUGUAUCCCUGUCACUGUUCUCUUCAAACUGCUGCGCUGCAAAGGAUCUUUUCGGGAGAGGUGGAAGCACCUUACCACCCCAGUUUGGGGCAGACAUCACCUGGAGUACCUGGCCCCAGAGAGCGAGGCCAAACUGCUGCCCCCUGCUGGAACCAAGAAUCAGCUUCUCUUUGAGAGUGUCAUCUGACGACCUGAGCCCGACAGAGAGAACACAGAUCCAAGGUCGCCCUUGACAUCAGCACGCACAGACACAAACAUGCAGACGACCCCACACGCAUGCACACCACACUGGCCCAGUCAGAGCAAAGUGCAGAUUAAUCACGCAGCCCACAGUUUGGAAGGUAUGGAAAGGCCCUGGACAAUUGGACCAAAGAUUAGAUGGGAGAAGAACUGAAACCCACCCGCAAGAAUACAGUCCUCACAGGCUGAUGUUCCGUCUGCUCUGCUUUCUGACUCUACCUCGCUGAUUCUCCCCUCUCUCUCUGUCCCCUGCCUUUGUGCUGUUCCGUCCCGUCUUGUUCCGUGAGUGCGAUAUGUCCAGUGUAGUUGCGAUAUCUUCCCCUCGCUGCGCCUCUGUGUUUAAGUUCAACAGCCUCCCAACCUGUCAUGUCAUUUUACUGUGAGUGAGCAGAAACGUAAAAAAAAAAAUUCUAGAGAAACUUUCUAAAUGAAAGACCUCACAUUCGCUGCUGAUAUGCCAUGGUCUGAAUGUGUGUGUGAGUGUGUGAGUAAGAAAGAGUGUGUGUUGGACUGUGGCAGUAAGUGUCUUCAUUUACAUGUAGCGUUGUGUUUGCCCAUCAUUGUUUCCUGCCAAGUGUACUCUCUUCGUGAACAGCUUCCAUUUGUAAGAAACAAAAGAAAACAAUCAAAAAGAGAAAAAUGCAUCACCACUUCCAGCUGUGUGUUUUGAACUAACUUAUCCAGUGUAUUGUGGGGUCUGUGAAUCAGUGUUAACAAUAUUCGGAGGGGGGGGUGACGAUCAAUAUUUCCAUCAGAAGAGACGGAGAGAAAGUUCAGAUCGAAUUGUGCACAGCGCAGGAGACGGGGAUGUGGGGAGGGGCAAGAGUCUUGGUGAAAGGAAAGAAGCAAUAAAUGACCAGAUUAAGAUGGACACACUGUGUUUUUGUGAAUCUUUAUUUACACAAAACAAUGUGCAGAAUUUACAUUAGAUAUCUUACACAUGUAUAAAAAAUAAAUUCCAAAGAGACAUUUGACGGAUAAAUAUUGAUAAAGCGUUACACUGGCAGUGUUAUCAGUCUGUGGACACAGUGUUGAGCAGCAGGCACAAGUAAAUGUGUUUCUGUUUCAGCCCUUGUUCACAUUGGAGUAGGAUGUCUGUGAAACAUACUGUAGACGCAGCUUCUGCACGAAGACCAUUUAUUUAUUGUAGUGAGAAACUGCAUAAUUGCAAAAGAAAGCAAUUGAAUACAUUUCCUGAAAGUCAAAAUACAAAACUUUUCAAGGCCUGACGCAGAUAUUCUUGGAUGGGACAACCCUAAUCAUUGAAAUACAUAUGUAACAUGUACUGUGUACUGUCUAUUACGAUACACUGUUCCGCAAAUGCAAGAGAGUUAUGAUAGAUGAUGAGACAAGACUGCAUUCCCAAAAAUAGAAGAAUCAGACGUGUGAUUACUGACUGUAAAUACACCCACACUGUGGACACCUAUUACACCAUAUCUGCACUUCAGCUCCUUGCAGCCGUUUGGAAACGAAUGGGUGGUAAUAACAGGAUUAAGGCCCCCCCUCCCCUCCUCAUCCCAGAGGGCACAGUCUUGUCCUAUAAAUUUCAAAUAUUUACAUCCUAUUAAUUUGUGUUAGAUGACACAUGGGUUUCCCUUACAAACAGAACAUGAGGGCCAACUGUAUAGAUCCCAGAAAACCCACACAGCGCACUGACAGACUGACACAUCGUGGUGCGUCUGUUCACAACAACACCUCUCAAAUAUGAGUCCCCCCCCCCACACAGUCAACCUUUCACUCACUCUCUCACACCGGCUAUAAAUACAGACUCUUAUUCGUCUGUUACAUUCUCCCACUCAUCCCCCCGCCCCUCCUCUGUGGGGGGACCACAGAGUGAGAGAGGGAGAGAGAGAGAGAGCUACGAUGACGUAUUGCUGGCUAUCUCAUUAAGCGAUAUCAUAAAAAGCCCGUUGCCACAGUAACGGCUCCCUGGAUUUCCAUGGCAACCGGCCGCCAUGUCAAGGUGGUGCAUUCACCCCCAUUGAAGGGGGAGGAGACAGUGACGACCAAUAGUGAGGAGUGGACCACAGCGGAGGAGGGGGAGGAUGGCGAGAGUUGGAACAGUCUGACCCCUGUUGGUUACAUCGGGGUGCUGCAGGGAACGUCCUGGGGAAAAAAGACGGGGAAGAUUCAAGGCUAGGAAGAGGGGGCAUUUCAGAAUAUGAGCCAGCGAUGAUAAUUGAGUGAAGCUGAAGGAUCUAAGAAAUGUUAAUGAACAUUCACGGCGAUGAACGUACAAGUACAAAGUCUUUCAGCCCCAGCUUCUUGAGAAUGUGCAGCACGGCAUCAUGGACUGUGACAAACAACCUGCUCUUCGGGAUGGACUCUGAGAAGAAGCCUGCAGUAUCCAGCUGAUCCACAACACAGGCUACACAGAGGGGAAAGCAGGCGUGACAGUGAGAGACCAUGAGAGGGAAAGCAUUUUUAUGAUUGUAGAGAUCAAUAUUUAUGUUUGAGUGACAUGUCAGGCAGGGAACAGUGUGGCGCCACGGAGGCUGAGACCUUGACGCAUUCACUAUCUAGAGCUCCAGUGAUUUGACUCUGCAUUAGGGUCCUUAACUUUGUCUCUGUUUUGUCUGGUGUUCCACUCACCUUGACAUCCCGCGAGAUAAAUGUUUAUAUUAAUCUCCCCGAAGUCCCUGAAAAUCUGGGAGAAAAAGAUAGACAUUACUUUGUUUGUCUUCUGUCUAAAGUUGAACCUGUGUGCGCCCAUUCCAAACAAAAUGUCAGAUCAUGUCACCACCGACAACAAAAACACACAUUUUUCAAUGUAUUUGUAGUGACUGUGUCCACAAAGCCGGUUGACGAUAUGUCCAAGAUGAUGCUGUGGACAUCUGAUCCGCAGGUCCCCUCCUUCUCCUCAUCACCAUAGUGCGGUUCCUCGUAGAUGUUUUCAUCACCGUGGCAACCCGUGUCUAAAUCUGAGUCAUGUUGGUAAGCCGAGUUUACUUGUCCUUUACUAAGGCCAUUUGUAGAGGUUACGGCUGCACUGUUCCCCUGACUCAGUCCUGCAGAGACUUUGCCCUCAGUCAACUCUGUCAAAGAGAUGGCGAGAUUGGACAUGUCUCUGACCGCUUUUUGCUUCUGCUAGGUUGAAAAAGAGGGAACAACAAUUAGGGAACACAUCAGAUGGAUUUUUAUAAGCUUUUGCUUUCAUUUCAGAUGGAUGAAAGUGUCCGUGAACAUGUUAUUUGUAUUGUACUUGUGUCUUUUCCUCUGUUUUCGCUUUUGCUUCCGCUUUCUCCUUUUUAGACUUCAGCGCUGCAUCUCGCUUCUUCUUUGCCCCCACCAGCUUACUGAUUUCAAUUCCAGUCUGCACAAAAAGCCCGAUCACCACAUUAAAGAGAGAAAAGAGAGGGUGAGAUGAGUGGGUGGGAUAAUGAAAGCAAUUAAAGGUGCCGUAGAUGGGACAAGGAUUUACAUCUUGUAAUCAAACGCACAGCAGCACACCAACAUCCACCAACAUUCAUGGAGCCUCACACACAAACCUUCCCUUGCAGGGCCUCCAGGUACAUCUCAGCAUUUGUGUAGCAGAUAGUCGUAGAUGAGCGGAAGAUUUUUAUUCCUGGAAUCUCUUCAGUCUGCGGGGAGACAUCAUGAGGCAAAAGAGUUCAGAUCAUCACACCUGGUUCUGCUUUGGCAAUUUCUACCUCCCCAGGUGGUUGUUUUUGUACCACUGAUGAUCUAACUAUCAACAGUGCUCAUCUAAAAGGGACGGUUCAACCAAAUUUCUGAAAAACAUUUGUAAUGUUAGUCUCCAGUAUUUCUGAUGUUUUUGCUUUUGUUUGCCUAAUUACUGAAAUGUUAGCAUCCGGAAAAACUACAUCUUCUCACCUCACUUCUCCCGAGCUGACGAAAGGGACAUGGGUGAAACUAAAAAGUCGAAGUGUAUGUCAAAUAUGUUUGUUUUUUUCAUUUUAGGUAGUUUUUACAAGACCUAUAAGUGUUCAUGUUUUUGAUAAGUUUGGUUAUUUGAUGCUAACCUCGCUAACUUCAUCCCCUGAUCGCUACUGGGCAAACUCUGGCUCCAAAAGUACAAGAUGGCGGCAUUUCAGAAUAGAGGGUGGAAGUUGUCCAGCUUUAUACACACUCUAUGGUGGUAACAUUUGCUAGUUGGCACUAAACACAGAGUACAGCUGAGCCCAAUGGGAAGAACUGUAGUUUUGCAGAUAUUUUGUCAUAAACUAUUGUACAAAUGUUUAUUUUGGAUGUUAUUAAAUGAAAUCUUAAGGGCUCACAUUACAAUUCAUUCUGACUGGGACAAACUAUGACAGUUUGUCCUUUAGUACUGGAGACCUUUCAUUUUAAGACUACAAGUACGGAAAAUAAACUAGUUUGUGCCCUC